CUUUUGUGGCAGAUACCGUCAAACCUCCGCGCUAUCAACAGACAUUGCUUUGACCUGUGACACGAAUUAGUCGAUGCUGGAAUGCACGUGGGACCGAUCUACCAACUUCAAGUGGGAGAAAAUCUCAUAAAUUGAUGGCAAUUUCCUCGCCAACAAUGAAUCCCUCAACAUGACCAUCAUCUCAUACGCAGCUUCCGAUCUUGCAUUCAACAUGGCAUCAUUCGAUGUGGAAAAGUCACCAGACAUCCAAGUUACAUCUGAUAUCGAUAUCUACAUUCCCAUCCGAGGACAUCAGUCAAGUGGUGACAGAGACCUAAGACGCGGAACUGUGCACGAGAUUGCUGAAAAGGGGCAUGCAGCGACCGACAGACAUGGUAACCCGUUGGUUGCCUUGGAUGCAAGUGCUGAAGCCAGGCUCAGGAACAAAGUCGAUCUUUAUGUGGUGCCUACCGUAGCAACCCUGUACCUUUUCUGUUUCAUUGACCGAGCCAACAUUGGCAAUGCGAGGCUCGCCGGGUUUGAGAAAGACCUUGGCCUGCGCGGCUACGAUUACAACAAGGUGCUGACAGUAUUCUACGUUGGUUACGUCGUGUUCGAAAUGCCCGCAAGCUUCGCAUGCAAGUUUUUCGGGCCUGGGUGGUUCAUCCCCGCAACGACUGUUGGAUUUGGUGUCUUCUCGCUCCUGACGGGGCUCUGCACUAAUAUCGGGAACGUCUCCGCUGUCCGGUUCCUCCUUGGAGUCUGUGAAGCCGGAAUGCUUCCUGGAAUCGCGUAUUAUCUAUCCAGGUGGUAUCGACGGAGCGAGCUCGUCUUUCGACUAUCGCUGUAUAUCGUCAUGACCCCGCUUGCUGGCGCCUUCGGAGGUUUACUCGCGUCAGCUAUCUUGACGCUUGAUCAUUUGGGCUCCUUGCGAACCUGGAGGAUGAUCUUUGUCAUUGAGGGAACGAUCACUUGCGGCCUAGGACUAGCAUCCUUCUUCACGUUGACUGAUCGACCCGAGACGGCUAGAUGGCUUACACCGGAAGAGAGAGACCUCGCCAUAGCGCGAGUGAAGUCCGAGAGAACAGCAAGUACUGAAGUACUUGACGGAUUCAACAAGAACAAACUGCUUAAAGGCAUCUUCAACCCUGUGACGUUGACGACUGCCGUCAUCUUCGGCCUUGGGAACAUCACAGCACAGGGUCUCGCCUUCUUUGCGCCGACAAUUGUCAAAAGCAUUUAUCCUCAGCACAGCGUGGUUUCACAACAGCUGCACACCGUGCCACCAUACAUUGUUGGCGCAGGCUUCGUCCUCAUCCUACCGUAUAUGAGCUGGAAGACUGGCCGCUACCUUAUUUACUAUAUUGUUGCUCUUCCGAUCACCAUAUGCGGAUUUGCAAUAUUCCUUGGGACAUGGAAUGCAAAUGCUCGCUACGCUGCAACCUUCCUGGUGGCGAGCUCUGCAUUUCUGUUUGGGGCUUUGAGCAACGCUUUGAUCUCGGCGAACGUCAUCUCGGACACUUCGAGGUCUGCCGCAAUAGGCACCAAUGUUUUGUUUGGGAAUAUUGGAGGAUUGAUCUCGACAUGGUCCUACCUUCCUUUCGAUGGCCCGAACUACACUAUCGGAAAUGGGUUGAACCUCGCCGCUAUCUCGAGCUGUUUGGUGCUCUCCAUCAUGCUCCUAAUAUGGAUGCAAUACGACAAUAUGAAACGCACCACUACGGAAAUUUCGGAUGCCAGUGAGCUGUCGAUCAAGGAACUGCAGGAUCUAGAUUGGCAGCAACCAGCAUUCCGCUGGAAGCCAUGAGAAUUUGAGGCCGCUCAGAAACCGGUUGGAAUUGUUCUAGCAAUCACGAGUCUGAUCCCCUAAACAUGAAUCAGGCGACGUCGAUAAGGGUAUUCACGAAAGGUACAGAGGUUUCCCCAAGGCAAGAGUAAAUUCAGCCAUUCAAUGUCAUUCUACGGGGCGCUCCCAGAAGUAAAACAGG